CCGCCUCCAGGGCUGGAGGCUGCGGGCAAAUCACUGCCCCUUGCGGGGGCGAGUCCCCCCGCGGGUCGCGCCAGUCCGCUCUGCUGAGCUAGUUUGAGGAAGUCGGCGCGCCUGGAGCUCGUGACGGCUCCCGUGACCUGACACACGGCGGCUCCUCCACGCGACCACAUGGUCUCCCUAGUGGCGCUAUUGCUGGGCUCGCUGCUAUGGGUCCCCUGUAGGGCGCUGCGCUGUCGCGGGGACGCAGGGCAGCCUGUGGACUGGUUCGUGAUCUACAAGCUGCCGGCGCACAGCGGCUCCGGGGAUGAGGUCAGGCGGGGCCUGCGCUAUCGUUACCUGGACGAAAACUCGAGUGGCUGGCGCGAUGGCGCGGGGUCUAUUAACAGCUCCGAGGGUGCCGUGGGCCGCAGCCUGCAGCCGCUGUACCGGGCCAACACCAGCCAGCUUGCCUUUGUGCUGUACAAUGACCAGCCCACCCAGGCCUGGGCUCCAGACUCCUCCAGCCGCGGACACUCGAAGGGUGUCCUGCUCCUGGACAAAGAUGGGGGCUUCUGGCUGGUCCACAGCGUGCCGCACUUCCCACCACCUGCAUCCUCUGGUGCGUACGCCUGGCCGUCCACUGCCCGAACCUACGGGCAGACCCUCAUCUGUGUGUCUUUCCCCUUCGCCGAGUUCACGAAGAUCGGCAGGCAGCUGGCCUACAUCUUCCCCUUGGUCUAUGACCACAAGCUGGAUGGCAUCUUUGGUCAGAAGUUCCCUGAGCUGGUAAAUGUGGUUGAGGGCCACCAUGUUCGCCAGGAACCCUGGAACAGCAGUGUGACCCUCACGUCACAGGCAGGCACUGACUUCCAGAGCUUUGCCAAAGCCGGACAGUUUGGAGAUGAUCUGUACUCUGGCUGGUUGGCAGAAGCUCUUGGUGCGGACCUGCAGGUUCAGUUCUGGCCGAAGUCUCCGGGGAUCCUGCCAUCCAACUGCUCUGGUCCCUGGAAGGUUCUGAAUGUCAAUCAGACCAGCUUCCCGGGGCCAGUUGGACCCACAUUCCCUGCCACAGAUGACCAUUCCAAGUGGUGCGUGGCCCCAAGAGCACAGUGGGCCUGUGUGGGUGACAUGAAUAGGAACCUCGGAGAGGAGCGUCGGGGUGGGGGCACGCUGUGUGCCCAGCUGCCAGUCCUCUGGAAGGCCUUCCAGCCUCUGGUGAAGGCUUUUGAGCCCUGCAAAGAUGGUCCCAGGGCCAGCAAGUGAGGAGAGCAGCGAACAAAGGAUCCAGCUUGGUCAUGAGUUGCCUGUUUUGGUUUUGGUGUUUUUGAGACAGGGUCUCUCUAUGCAACUGAGGCUGGCCCUGAGCCUACUUUCUGACCCAGGCUGGUCUUGAACUGGCAACGAUCCUCCUGUCUCAGCCUCCUGCUGUUCUUUUCAAGGUGCUGGGGAUGGAACCCAGGGUCUGCACAUGCUAAGCAAGUGCUCUGUGCUGAGCCGUGUCCAGUCCUAGAUUUGAGUUUGAAUUCCAGGUCACCCCCACCCCAUGUGACCUCAUGUACCUUAUCCUGUCUGGGACUCAGCCCAUUCUCUGCAAGAUGGAAAUCUGUCAUAUACCACUCAGAAUCACUGAGGAAAAAAGCAAAUCAAUGAAUGAAGCAAUUGCCCUUUCCCCAGUGGGUGUGGGACAUGGGCCAGGGCUGUACCCUCUACUGUUUGUUCUACUUGUUUAUGCAGGGAAUGGAACCCAGGGUGUUCACACUGAAAUAUUUUUCCAGCUUUUUUUCCUCCCAAGACAGGGCCUCAUUAAAUGGCUUAGUUAUCCA